UGUCACAUGGCACGUGGAGGUCUGGACUAUUUUUAUCAAGGGAGACUUGACGAAAAUAGUAGUUAGGGGCAUUUGAUCUCAGACGAAUUUUGGUGUUGAGGUGUUGGCGCACAGAGUUUGAAGAUGAAGCUCACAGUUUUCCUAUGUGUGACCAUUGUCUUGGUCAACUUUCACAUUAUACAGGCCAAGAAGAAAUUAGGUGUUCUUAAUAAAUUAUUAAAUAAGAAUCCAAAGCCAAAACCAAACCCCAAUCAGUUUAACCAAGGUGGAUCAGUUCAUAAACAAAACAUACCUGGAAGUUCCUACAACCAAAGACCUCAGCAGCCAGCUCCAGGCUAUGCUGGAGGAGGGCAGGGAGGAACCGGAGUACAUGGAGGGUACCCUGCACAGGGAGGGUACCCUGUACAGGGAGGGUACCCAGCACAGGGAGGGUACCCAGCACAGGGAGGGUACCCUGUACAGGGAGGGUACCCUGCACAGGGAGGGUACCCAGCACAGGGAGGGUAUCCAGGACAUGGAGGGUACCCGGCGCAGGGAGGGUAUCCAGGACAUGGAGGGUACCCAGCACAGGGAGGGUAUCCAGGACAUGGAGGGUACCCAGCGCAGGGAGGGUAUCCAGGACGAGGAUAUGGAAUCUAUGGAAGUUAUGGUGGACAAGGAGGAUAUGGCUCUUAUGCAACAGGAGAGCAUGGAGGCGGUUACCCGGGGGGAUACAUCAAUCAAAACCCUAAUAACCACAUCUUGAGCCCACGCUAUGGGGGCAGCUUUGGGUAUGGCGGCUAUGCUCCUGGAGGAGGCUCUCCAUUCUCACGGUCAGCCCAAGUGAUGGGCUACGUUCCUUCUGACAAGUCAAAAGGGUUCGGCCGCAAUGCAAUGAUGGCAGCAGCGGGGGGCGCUGUGGCAGGAAUGGCACUGGGUUAUGGUCUUGGGAGGUUUCCACGUCCACAUUUUCAUUUCCACAGUCCUGAGGAGGAGUACUACUACAAUUAUUACAUGUACAGAAGAUAUGGUGUGAAAUCUACAGACACCAAUGACUUCAGUAGACACUACAGCUACAAUGUACCUCCUUCCAGCUAUGAGACCUAUAUGAACACAUGCAUGAAAAGAACAGACCUCUUGCCCACCCCAAAGAAGAACGUGUUGACUACUACCAAGAGUCCCACUACCACCAGAACAUCCACUACAACCACCGCCACCACUUCAGUCUCCCGUUUCCAUCCCAACAACAUAACAGGGACAGUAAACCACUCAUCUACAGUGCGAACAACCAGUGCACCCCCAAAGCCCUCUGAGGCCACCCAUGGGCCCACUCCAGCGGUCCCAGCCCUCAUGGCAGUCCGUAACACAGCUGAGGAUGAGGAUGACGACACAGUGAGUGUUGUGGAGAUUGGAUACCCAGCUCUGAUUGAACAGUUGAAGGUGAGGAGGUGUCUGGAGCAGUAUAUUGUUUAUUCUGAAAAGUACUUGAGGAAAAAAAGUCCCAAAGGGGGUGGGCAGCAGCAGAUGGGCUCACACUGGAUGAUAUUUAUUCUUACCACUUCCAUAGUGAUAAUAAUGAACAAUCAGGUAUCACUGUUGCUGCAUUAAGGCCUCUGCUGGGUGAUUUCAGGUUUAAAGUGAUGUCGUACUCUCAGAUUCAGUUCUCUUUUAUUGAUUGUACUAUUUUUCUAUAAUAAAUAUAGUAAACACAAAUGGUUAUUUGCAUUACUGAUUUGAUCUAUGACACUAAUCCCAUUAGACCACACAUUCAAAACCUGCUAGUUUAGUGACCAGUGACAAAACAAAUGUGUUGAAUUGAAUUUAUUGAAUUAGAUGAGGGAUUCAUGUAGGCCUAGAGAAUACAGGCCUUUUUGUUUUGUGCAAAUGCGUUUUUCUUUUUAUCACAUAUAAACUCUUGUUGUGAUGUAAUAUAAAGCCCAUUGUAGUCAUCACUUAAAAUAAAUAUGGGGCUCACAAUAUAAUGGAUAUAAGCAUAAUGUAUUUCUGAGUUUUGUUAUGUAACCUAC